AUGAGCAAGUUAGACAGAGUUAAACAUUUGACCUUGGAGGACGUUCCUAAAGCUGCUAGGACCCUCCAGGAAUCGUUUGCUAAGGACUCAUUGGCCCGUCUCCUUACAUGUCACGUCAAAGAUCCUAGGCAGAAGUAUGAGUUGGAUAUCCUCUUGUACGAGGCUUAUCUUAGACAGCACAUCGCUAAAGGCAUCUGCCUUGGCAUCGGAGAGCUGGAGGAGAACUUUGAAACGGUAGCCAUUUGGUCUAUCCCUUCCUCGAUCGACGAUGGUAUAGAGAGCUUCCACACGUUGAUGGCGGCAGGUUAUGGCAAAUUGUGGGAAAAAGCAGGACCUGAGGGUCAGCAGAAGAUCUUUGAGGGCAUGUUGCCUCUUUUGCACGAUACCAGCGCUAAGAUCUUGGCUACGGAUAAGAGAUUCAAGAACAAAGGUGUCUAUACUUUGGUGUAUUUGGGCUCCGUUGCUAGUGCUAGAGGCAAAGGUAACGUGAGAACAAUUUUCGAGUACAUGUUCAAAAACUACAUCGACACCCCCAACUCCAACAACAUUGCAUACUUGGAAAGUUCCUCUCCGGACAAUAUUCCAAUUUAUAACAAGUUCGGGUUUCACUUCUAUAAAGAUAUUACUUUGGGGGACAAGGAUAAACUAGACGCCGUCGAAGGCGACGAUUACGCUGUUAUGAAUGUCAUGAUCAGGGGCUCUUUUGGACAAGACUGGACGGGCUCAGCCACCCCUGACUCUUUACACAAAUUAUAG